AUGACUGAAUCGAACAGCGAACGGUCCAAGGAGGAUGUCGCCAACGACGGUAAGCUCCUUAGGCCCGGCGUGCGCAUCAGGCCUGACGUCCAGGAGGACCAGGUCAGGAGGCUGGCCGAACGACUGUACGGCAUAUCGUGCUUAGGAGUUACCGAAUUAAACGCAUACGAUGAUCGAAACUUUCUCAUCGAAUCCGAUCCGAACGUACGCAAUCCUAUAUUGUCCAGCAACUGGAGCCACGGAUAUGUUAUGAAAGUUUUGAACGCAUUGGAUUCCAAGAAAAUAUCAUUUUUGGAAGGACAAACUGAAAUGAUGAUAUUUCUCCAUAAUCAAGGAAUCAAAUGUCCAAAACCUGUUAAAAACGUUUAUGGAAAAUAUUUUACUGAAGAAUCGCUUUCCGAAACAGAGAAGAAUGUUAUCAGGUUACUGGAAUAUCAACCUGGAAAGAUGCUAUACGAAGUGCCGCCUUCGGAUUAUUUAUUUUACCAAGUCGGUGAAUAUGUAGCAAAUUUGGAUAGGCUGCUUCAGAAAUUCAGCCAUAAAGCUUAUGAAAGCCAUCGCACAAUGUGGAUGCUGGAAAGUACACCAAACUUAGAUGAAUUUCUCUACGUUAUUAAAGAUACUUCAAAAAAGGAAUUAAUCGAGCAGGUGCUAGAAUCUUUCAAAAAAAAUGUUUUGAGCAAAUCUAACGAAUUACAAAAAGGUUUAAUCCACGGUGAUUUCAAUGAGCAAAAUAUUCUUGUAAAUCGCGGAAAUAAGGAGGGCGAAUUUCGCGUCAGCGGAGUCCUAGAUUUCGGUGAUUCACAGUUGUCAUAUUAUGUAUUUGAAUUGGCUAUUACGAUGACUUAUAUGAUGCUACAAACAAAGGAUUUGGCGACGGGAGGUCUUGUCAUUGCAGGAUAUUCUACUGUCAGGCAGAUACCACUAAUUGAAUUCCAAAUGUUAAAGACGUGCGUAGCGGCAAGGCUUUGCCAGUCACUGGUAUUGGGGGCUUAUUCUCAUACGCAGGACCCCAGCAACGAUUAUGUAUUAAUAACGCAAAAAGUUGGCUGGGAUUUACUGGAACAGAUUUGGAAUUUGUCUGAUGAAGCUGUAGAAAAGCAAUGGCGCACAGUUUCCGAUGAAUAUCUUAAGUCAAGCACUCACUGA